AUGAGCAGCGGCGCUGCCGGCAGACAUCCUCUUGCUGCUGAGGAUGACUACGACGAAGAGCGACCAAGGAGCAACAGUGAGCAAAGGCGGCUCGUGGAGGAAGAAGACGCUGACCUGAGCAGCGGGCCGAGUGGCUUGACCGAGGAUGAGGAGGAAGCGAAUCGACGUCGCGUGGGCCACAUCAACGAUCGAGACAGGAACGAUUUCAAACGACUGAAUCCAGAGGAGGACGAUUCCUCAUCUUACGAAGAAGAGUCUGAUGCCGAGACGAGCUACAGGCACGAGUCCUACAUCUUUGCCAGGACGGAGUGGAAGGGAGAGAAGAAGCCAGAGGGCGUACAUCACGAGAAUUGGUUUCUACUCGACCACACUACGCGCUUCCAUUUUCGAUUCCAUUUCCGAAGGCACAAGCGGCGUGCAGUGCAGGGAGCACUUCGUUUGAGGGACCUGGUGGUGGGGCUGCCCUGGCACCAGAUCAGAGUGGCCGUCAUCUCCCUCCUCUUCAUCGCCAGCAUGGCUCUCUUCAUGUCCGUCGACGCGCCCGACGACAACCCACCCACUCGCCUCGCCGGCCCGCUGGACACGAUCCGGGUGAACCUCGCCAUACAGGAGACGCGCAACGUAUCAUCGUGGACGUCCUGGCCAGCCAACUCCUCCGUCGUCGUCACCUUACAGGCCUCCACCGCGCAUGAUGAGGCGAGUGCGCAAUCGUGGGCCGCGCUGGACUCGUGGGAGCUCUUCGCGCGGCCGGACGAAAGCGAGGAGGACUACACCUACUUCUACCUCAACGACACGGCGAAGGACCUCUACCACACGUACCGCGUGGUGUUGACGACCAACGCCCGGCAGAACCUGGGCCUGCGGCUCGACGUUCUGCAGCUCUCGUGGGCCGCGCGCUACGAGGUGGUGUUCGGCUUCAUCCUGCUCGUCAUGGUCUACUCACUCAUCAUCUUCGAGUGGGUCCACCGCACUGUGGCGGCCCUCAUCGGCUCCUUCUGGGGUCUGGCCCUCCUCUCCGCCGUCAUCGAGCGACCAUCGCUCUACGAGGCACGCACCACCGAUCAGAACGUAAUUGGGUGGAUUGACUACGAUACGAUCGGUCUCCUCUUCGGCAUGAUGAUCCUCGUCGGCAUCUUCUCCACCACCGGCUUCUUCGAGGCGUACAAGCUGUCCAAGGGCAACAUUUGGCAUCUCGUCAUCAUGUUGUGCGGCUUCACCGCGGUGGCGUCGAUGUUUCUGGACAACGUGACCACCAUCCUGCUCGUCACGCCCGUCACCCUGCGCCUCUGCCGGGUGCUCGACCUCGACCCUCUCCCCAUCAUCCUCUCCGAAGUGAUCUUCUCCAACAUCGGCGGAACGGCCACGGGAAUCGGCGACCCGCCCAACAUUUUGAUCAUCUCCAACUCGCAGAUCAAGGACACGGGUCUGGUCGACUUCAGCUCCUUCACGCUGCACGUCGCACCGGGCGCCAUCCUCGCGAUGUGCACCACCUUCCUGCUCAUCAUGUUCGUCUACAAGAAGAGAAUCUGUCGGAGAGCGCCGGUGGACCCGCUGGCCAAGGAGAUCGAUAUCUGGAAGAAGACCCUGCACGCGUUCGACAUGAGCCACAAGAGCAUCACCCAGAACGAAGACCACCGCGUGCGCCAGAAGCUCGUCAAGCACAUCCACGAGCUCGAGGAGCGCCUGCGCGAGAAGCUCGCCGGCAUCGCCGCUAUCGAAGCCGCCCUCGACGGCAGCAGCAGCAGCGGCGGUCACGGCGGCGGUCACAGCACCAGCAACGCCCAGCCCGCCGCCGGCGUCGGCGGAGCGGGCAAGGGCAAGGAGAAGGUGCCGGAGCCGGACGUGAGCGGCGACGAAGAGAACGGCCGCCAGCGGGGCGACAACAACGACAACGACGACGAAGCGGACGACGACGUGCUGGGCGGGAGCCAGGCAGACUACUACGGCAAGACGCGGGAGAGCGUCGAAGGGCAGGAGGAGCCGGCCCAGCCGCUGGGCGCGAUCAACAUCGCCGAGCUGGAGCGCAAGUACGUCAUCAGCGACGUCACCCUCUUCAUCAAGAGCUGCUGCGUGCUGGUGGUGGUCAUCCUCCUCUUCUUCCUCCAUUCUUUCCUCACUGAGAUCAAGCUGUCGCUGCCGUGGAUCGCCAUCCUGGGCGCGCUGGUGCUUCUCGUGCUCUCCGGCACCGACAACUUCCACGAAAUCCUCGAAAAAGUGGAGACGAGCACAUUGCUCUUCUUCGCGGGGCUGUUCGUGAUGGUCCGAUGCGUCGAAGAGCUCGGGGUCACCAUCUGGAUCGCCAACACCACCUCCGACAUCAUCGACAUCAUGCCCGAGGGCAAGAUGCGGCUGGCCUUUGCCGUGUUCCUGAUCAUCUGGGUGUGUGCGAUCGUGUCGAUGUUCAUAGACAACAUCCCCUUCACCACCACCAUGAUCCCCGUCGUCGUCAAGCUCACCAAGGGCACGCUCGCGCUUCCCCUCCAGCCGCUCACAUGGGCGAUGGCCUUUGGCGCCUGUCUGGGCGGCAAUGGCACCCUCAUCGGUGCGUCGGCAAACGUGGUGGCGGCUGGCAUAGCGGAACAGUACGGGCGGCCAAUCUCCUUCAACUAUUUUUUCAAGAUGGGCUUCCCGUGCAUGAUGGUCUCCACGCUGACCGCGACCGCCUACAUGCUCGUGACGCACGUUCUCAUCGGGUGGUAUUAA